AUGAUUAUGCCGGUGGUGCUGAAGACGAAUGUUAAGUCGCAGUAUGUAUUCAAGGAGCGGCUGGGGGAAGGUACGCAUGGCGUUGUCCAUUUGGCUACGGAGAGAUCGACGGGUGUGGUACGUGCGGUGAAGAAGAUUCGAAAGCGAGCUGGUUUGGAUAUUCGUCGGUUUAAGCGCGAGUUAGAGGUACUCAUAUCGUUUCGGCAUCCACAGAUAGUGAAGGUGUACGAGGCGUUUGAGGACACACAUGCGUUGUAUAUAAUCAUGGAGCACUGCAAAGGUGGGGACCUUUGCGACCGGCUGGAGUUGGAAGGCAAGUUCCCCGAGGCAGUGGUAGCGUUCUUCAUGAAACAAGCACUAAGUGCUGUGGCCGCCUGUCACGAGGCGGGUAUAAUGCAUCGAGACAUCAAGGUUGAAAACUUCCUCUUCACCGACAAGGACGUCCGCUCCCCCCUUAAACUCGCAGAUUUUGGACUCUGCCGCUACAUUGACAAUUCAGACCCUCCCAGUUUGGUCGGAACCGUCAAUUACCUGGCCCCCGAGGUACUUUCGCUUCGUUACGGACAACAGGCAGACAUCUGGAGCCUUGGUGUGGUCAUGUAUCUAUUGCUCACAGACAAAUUCCCUUUCGGCGAAAAAGCCACCACCGAAAACGAGGUGCUUAAAGAUAUCACUCACGGGCAAAUCAACUUCCACCACAGCGGGCUUAGUCGCUAUGCUGUGGACCUUAUCAACGCCCUCUGUGCCAAAGACCCUCUGCAACGCAUCUCCGCCAAACACGCUUUACAACACCCCUGGAUCCGCUGCUUCGUACCCAACCCAAUCGCGCUCUUCCCCCUCAUAUUCGAAGACUAUUGUCUGCGAUCUCCCUCGCCCACCAGAGGACAACAUUCUAAGGAAAAAGGACACACUAAAGAAAGAGGAAAGAGCGAACCAAGCGUAUUUACUGCUCUCAAAUCUAGUAUUGAAAUGAAUGCCCGAAAGCAUACAUGCACAACCAUGAAGAAAACGAAUCAUAGGAAACCCUCUUCCAAACACGCCGGCGCAGAGGGUAACUUUACUCCCCUACAUACUGACCCUCCCCUCCAGACUAACGCUGGUACGGAGGCCGGCGCUGCUGCGAACGGUACCGGUAUAUCUGGUGCACUGCCGGGAACCUCCCCGCCGGGAAUUUCUCUGGCGGGAAUUUCUCUGGCGGAAACUUCGCUGCUGGGAACUUGCGCGCAUCCCCUCGGUAAUGCGCAGGGGGCGUCGGUCCACGAAAAGCAGGUCCGGCUUACGCCUACGCUGGACACUGGUCAGUGUGCUCGCCAGUCGUUGUCGUCAUGCGGUGACCACCACCAAGAUGAGACCGCUCCAAGGUCUCUUGCGCCGCGCGAUGAUUCGGACAGUGUUCCAAAUUUGGAAGACUGUGUCGCUUCGAGCCCAGAAAUGUGUGGGUCUGGAGCAGAUGGCUCUCCACCAGAUGGGACAGGACCAGACGGGACAGGACCAGACGGGACAGGACCAGACGGGACAGGACCAGACGGGACAGGACCAGACGGGACAGGACCAGACGGGACAGGACCAGACGAAUCUCCACGAGAGAGAAGACGAGACGGGCCCCAGCUAGACGCCGCGCUGCGGCCUCACUGGAGUGGUGCUGCGGGUAUGGGGAGGAGUCUGACGAGUCGAAGUCCGUCGCCGGUUCGUGUUUCGCCGCGAUGCUCCUUGCUGUCCCUCAUUUGUGACCACAUGCAAGAUGUCCCGCCUGUUCGGGAUCGGAGUGCCCCUGGCCACAGUGGUUCGGGUAACAAUGGUUCAGGUCACAAUGCCCCAGGUCGUAACGGCCUGGACAGCAGUGACGGCGAGAGAGGUAUGGUUGAGAGAGGUAUGGGCGCUGCAAUGAACAAUGAGCACUUCUGUUGCGACCUAAUUCAAAUCGGUCCACGACACUCGAGACGGUGUGUACACAGGUGCACGCGACCCAUGUGCUCUUUAAUGCGGUGUCGGAUGCAGUCGACGCACUUGGGGCUGGUCGAUCUGCAGUCCGCCCAGUUGUUAGGCCGGCGCAUUUUGGAUCGUUGGCGAGCUUACAAGACGCUAACGAGCACGGAAAAAAAUAUCCUUGCCGCUGUAAGCCGACAUAUGCACUCUUCCGAGACCGAUUAUCUCACUUAUCUCUACGACCUACUCGACGUCGAACGCUGCGGCAUGAUCCGCAACGACGUUCUUUGCCGCGUCAUGGCUUUCCUUUGCCAUGCGAGCGCCCUCAAAUUCGUCCCUCUCGGAAGCCACGACCCAACAGAUAACCUGACACCGGACAACCCGACGCCGGACAACCCGAGGGCGGACGACUCGAAAGCGGACAACCGGAGGCUGGACGGCCCAAGGGACGCAGAUUUGGCGGGCAACCAGUUGGAAGCUGGCCCACGGAAAGCAGACCAACGGGGAGAGCAGUCGGGUGAGGCGGUAGGGAACACCCCGGUCGCUGUUGGAUCCGUACUCGGGCCGGCCCCGGUUGAUGAGAGUCCGCUGCAUGCGCCACCCGGUUUGUUGCCCACAGGUCGCGACGACCCUGCGCGAGUUGUGUCCCCUGUGGCCGGGCUGAAGUCUCGUCUGGCCUCGCCUGCGACGGUUCUGUCCGCGAGCACCAUUUCCGGCGGGGGAUCUUCGCUGCACUCCUCUUCCUCGAGAGACCGGCUCCCUUCGCCUCUGAUGCCGGUCGAGACGGGGCUGUCUGCGCCACAAACUGUUUCGUCCAUUCGCGCUGAAGUACUCUCCAACGCUGUACUCUCAACGACUACAGCACCGACCGCUGAGCGGCGGGGCGGCAUCAGAACUGUGUCGCACGUCCCCCCGGAACUGGGACCCGUCCCGCCGGAACUGGGACCCGUCCGGUCGGAAUUGGGACCGGUCCCACCGGAACUGGGACCCCUCCCAUCGGAAGCUCGGCUGGUCUGGGACCUGGGGUCUUCUCCGCUGAACCACCGGGUGGUGAUGGACGACGAGUCGUUUGCAGCGGUCGAGACAGCGCCCGGCGUUGAACCUGCGACUCAUGAUUAUAGGGAGCGGAAUUUGGCUAAGGAGCGGAAUUUGACUAAGGAGCGGAAUUUGACUAAGGAACAGAGUCCGUCCCCAAACCGGACUCCGUCCUCAGAGAGGAGUCUGUCCCCCGAGCGCAGUUCAAUGAAGUGCGAGGAACAGGCAUUGUGGUAUACGGCGCCGGUGUACGGUGCUAAGCUCCUGCACGGCGAUGUGGAUGACAGGUUGGUAUGCUCGAAUUUGCGUUUGGAUGCGCGGUCACCCGGCUACCCGGCGUACCUCAGAUUGUUAGAGGAAUUGCGGGGGUUGGCGGCCGAGCACCUGGACUUGAACCGUGACGGUGUGGUGGAGGUUGAUGAGUUCUGCGGUGCCUGUUUGGAUCAAGCGCUACUCACUAAUCCGCUCGCAUCGAAAAUGCUCUUCAAUACUCUCAACGUUAACCAGACCCAACGCGUUACUAUAUCCGACUUCCUUGAAGCCUUCGGGGGUCUCCCGUCGGCAGAGUCUUCGGAACUCAUGGUCAACGUCGACCCCGACGGCGACGGGUUCGUCGAAGAACGCGUACGCAAACACCCAUCGAAUCACUCACAGCCCACUCACUCCCAACCUGACCCAAUGGAAGAGCGGAAGACCAACCCGUCGGAACGCAAUCCGCAGGCGUGCAGGGACACUGGCGGUACUGCCGACAGGGACGCCGUCAGGAGGCCCGUGCACUCCUGA